UGCAUUAAUUACGCUCUAUUUUUGAACUGUUUGAGUAAUAAUUAUUAUUAUUCUAAUUAUAUGCAAGUGUAAAUGAUUCAAAAUGUAUGUUGCAACAGGAAACGUUUUACGAUCUGUUACAAAGUUAGGACUAAUUAAAACCGAUAUCGUUCAGUAAUAGAAAGAUGUCUUUUGCGGGAAAAGUUGUUCUGAUAACAGGGGCCAGUUCAGGAAUUGGAGCUGAAACAGCUAUUCACUUUGCUCAACUUGGUGCAUCAUUGUCAAUAACAGGACGUAAUAAACACAAUUUAGAAAAGGUAGCCGAAAAAUGUGGAAAAUCCAAGCCAUUUAUUGUAACCGGAGAUCUAGCCAAUGAGAAUGAUGUGAAAAAUAUUAUCGACUCGACGAUCAAGCAUUAUGGCAAAUUAGAUGUUUUAAUUAAUAACGCUGGAAUUGUAGGAUUCAGUAAUAUAGAAACUCCAAGCUUGGAACAAUACGACAAUAUUAUGAACAUAAAUGUUCGCUCAGUAUUCCAAUUGACAGCACUGGCAGUACCACAUUUAACCAAAACGAAAGGCAACAUUGUAAAUGUUUCGAGCAUAGCUGGAUUACGACCUCUGAGGAAUCAUUUGUCAUAUUGCAUGAGUAAGGCGGCUCUGGAUCAAUUUACGCGUUGCGUUGCUUUAGAAUUGGCAUCACGACAGGUGCGUGUGAAUGCCGUAAAUCCUGGCGUUGUACAAACAAAUAUCCUUCGCAACACUGGACUAAGCCAAGAACAAGUUAAAAUCCGUUUUGAGCAGUUGAAAGGGAUGCACGCUUUAGGAAGAAACGGUGAUUCUUUGGAAAUCGCUAAAACCAUUGCAUUUCUAGCAAGUAACGAUGCUAGUUUUAUGACAGGAGUGACAUUGCUUGUAGAUGGAGGUUGGCAUAUUGUGCCUCCCGAGAGUAUUGCGAUGCACUAAAAUGAUACGCUAUAACAUAGGGCGUAAAAUUUAAAUAGACACCAAUAAUUUUUAGAGCGUCCACGCAUAAACAUAAAUUUUCUCGAAAUAUUGUAUAUAACCAAGAUCAGAGAAAAUGUAAUUUUAAAUUGUAACAAUUACAAAAUAUAUUACUAUACA